AUGCAAUUGGAAGUAGAAGAUAAUAAAGUGGGUGGUACUAAUACCACUGCAACCAUUGCUCCAGAGAGACAAGAGUUGGCACAGUUCCCACAGGACAACGUCGAUUACUAUCAGAAGAUCAAGUGGAACGGUUGGGGUGACACUCGUAAGUUCUUGCAUACCUUGGAGCCAAGUGGAACCAUUGCAAUUACAACACCGACUGCCUCUGCCGUGCCAUUGCCAUCGCUUGCCAACUACAUCAAGAAGGAGUUGACAUUGAACGGACAGACCUCCAAUCUCGAGAACACACCAUCGAUUCAACUCGAUCAAAUCAACAUCGCUGCACCACGUCCAAUCAACCCAUCGUUCGAACGUGAACUCCAAUCGAUUUUCACUCCCGAUCAACUCAAGACCGAUAAAUUCGCACGUAUCACUCAUGUCUAUGGUAAAUCAAUUCGUGAUUUAGUUCGUCUUAGAAUUGGUCAAAUUAAUAAUGCACCAGAUUUAAUUAUAUUACCACAAUCACAUGAUGAAGUAGAAAAGUUGAUGCAAUCUGCUAAUAAAUAUAAUGUUAUUGUUAUUGCUUAUGGUGGUGGAUCGAAUAUUGUUGGUGCUUGUGAACCAGUUACAACCGAUAGAUUCGUUGUUUCAGUCGAUAUGAGAAGAAUGAACAAGGUUCUCUGGGUAGAUCGUAGAGAGAUGACCGCUUGCAUUCAAGUAGGUAUCAUGGGUCCAGACUUGGAGAAGGAACUCCGUAAGUCUGGUGUCAGUCUUGGUCACGAUCCAGAUUCAUUCGAAUUCUCAACACUUGGUGGUUGGUUAGCAACUUGUUCAUCUGGUCAUCAAUCUGAUAAAUAUGGAGAUAUCGAAGAUAUGGCAGUUUCUUUCAAGACUGUAACACCAACUGGUACUUUAGAGUUGAGAAAUGGUGCGAGAGCAGGUGCUGGUAUUAAUUAUAAACAUAUUAUUUUGGGAUCGGAAGGUACUCUUGGUAUUAUUACUGAGGCCGUCAUGAGAGUUCAUCCAUUGCCACAGGCUGAGGAGUACUUUGGAUUCAUGUUCCCAUCGUUCACUCACGCCAUCAAUGCGUUGGAGCAGAUUCGUCGUUCCGAUAUCUUGCCAACCAUGAUCCGUAUCUACGACCCCGAUGAAACCAGAUUGUCGUUCUCCUCGAAGCCAAGCAAGGGUGCAUUCUCAGAGUUUAUCUCGUCGGCAAUCAAGCACGUCUGUUUGUCGAUCAUCGGAUUCGAAGGUUCCAAGAAGCAAGUCGAUUUCCACAAGAAGAGCGUCUUUGAUAUCCUCUCGAAGAACGGAGCAUUCGGAUUGGGACAAUCGCCAGGAAAGACCUGGGCAGAGAAGCGUUACGAUCUUCCCUAUAUCCGUGACUUUUUGUUGAACCACAACAUGUGGGUGGACGUCGCCGAAACCACUGUUUCAUGGUCGUCGUUGCUGCCACUCUGGAAGGAAGCCAAGCAGGCAUUCAACGACCACUUCCGUUCCAAGGGUAUUCCAUCGUGGAUUUGCGCUCACAUCUCACAUACCUACUCGAAUGGUGUCUGUCUCUACUUUAUCUUUGCCUCGAAGCAGAAUGCCGACAACGAGAUGACACCAUACACCGAAGGUAAGCGUUUGAUGACCGAUAUCGUUUUGAAGCACGGUGGUGCCAUCAGUCAUCACCACGGUGUCGGUUAUGAACACGUACCCUGGAUGAACAGAUACGUCUCCAACGGUUGGAUCAAUGUCUACAGAAAAAUCAAGGAGGUCGUCGAUCCAAAGAAUAUUUGCAAUCCAAGAAAACUCAUGCCAACCCAAGAGGAAGAGAAUGGUCAAAAGAAAUAUCUAUUCGAUGUACUCAAUGUUAAACAACCAAAACUCUAA